AUGGUUCAUGGGAAUUUGAGUUUUGGAGAUUUUAAUGUUCCCCAAAAGGGAGAUAAUUUACUAGGACGCAUCUUUUAUUGGGCAUCGUCAUGGUUCACUGGUCAGCAAACACCGAACACAGGUUUUUGGCUUCCCGUAAGCCCAGAUUGGCUAAGGAUUGCAUCUCAGAUCCAGGGUUUGAAGUUAGAAACCCAUGUGAAUGAAACUGUGUACGUACCUUACCAACCAUUAGUUCGCUUCGGAUUAAAGGCUGGUACUGGCGAUUUGUUCAUUGUAAACGAAGCAUAUGGUGAUUUCCUUCACAAAACUUUUAACAUUUCAACAAUCGACACUUCUGAUUCUGCUAUUGCUUUGAUAGAGGAUUAUCUGUAUCAGAAAGGUUAUCAGAAAGGGUCUUUUCGCAACCUCUUCCGAACGAAGCCAGAGGCUAUGAAGGAAAAAGAAUUGGAAUCUUCAUAG